UUUAUGUAUGUGUAUACAUGGGGCAUGCUGGCUGUUAGUCCGUGGUACGGCGCGUAUAUGGUAGAGCCAGAGUAAUACAGGCUGCCUACAGCAAGCGUAUUGUGAUUUCGGGAACCGGAACCAAACUGCCAGCCAGCCAGCCAGUCGACGUUCGUGUCCUUUGCCGAGAAAAGGUGCAUGAAUAUUGUAUGUACGCAGAUUCCUUGUCGCCUUUUGUCAUCGUUGAGUAGUACCACGCUCUCGUUUGCGUUUUUGCGGUUCGAUUCUGUCGUAUCCCUCGCGGAACAAUAGGUCCAGUCGGUGUCGUCUUCGGCGUCGUCGGGGUUCAACCCAGAUAUCUACAGUUAUAGUGGAAGGCAAGUGAAGUGAAACAGCCACAGUUUGUCUGCAUUUGGCGGAACGUUGCCAGGUGAGGGAGUAUAUUAUAAAGCACAGUUCAUCGGCAGCUUUGUUCGCAAUUCGGCGCGCGUAGUGAAUCUUUUGCAUUCCUGCGGAAAGCUGAAGUUUGUUAUAAAGUUUUACAAGAGCUGCACGUGAUAGUCUCCGGUUCAGACGGAGCAGUAAAGUUCAACUGGAAAUGCUUUAAGUGAUUCCGAUGCCUUUCAGCGCGUGUUAAAGUUGAUCCCACGGCGGUAAUUCGGGUGAUAUUUUAUUGGAGGUGUGUUCCCGUUUUGGAUUCAUAUGAAUAUCUAACGGUCGCAUAAAUUACAUCCUACCACAACCAAAGGGUGGGUAAACAGUGGGAAGUUAAGGUGUGAUUUAAAUAAAUUGUAGCUCGGUAGUUAUCAGCUAGCGUUCAGCUAUUUCACUACGGGAGGCACAGGAAGUGACAAUUCAGUUCCAGCAGUUUGGAACUAAUCACACGAAUACACAUCCACACAUAAAUUCACUUCUGUCAGGCUGCAUUCACAUAUGCCAGAACUGUGCUGAAUGGCACCCACUAUCAAUCCCGCGACGCAUCCGAUCAAAAUGCUCCAGUUUAACACCAACAAUAACUCCCGUGGCAGUUCGGCACGGCGUCCGGAUACAACGGCCUCAGGAUCGUCCAUGUAUACCGCAGAUGUAAAAAUCAGAAAAUCUCUGUUGCUCUAUGCCGAGGAUGAGACCAACGGGGAAGCAUCGACGUGCGGACGAAUCCUCAUCUUUCUGUCCUGGGUCCUCGUGGUGCUGACGAUGCCGUUCAGUUUGCUGGUAUGCUUCAAGGUCGUACAGGAAUAUGAGCGAGCCGUAAUAUUUCGUCUCGGUCGUUUGGUGCAGGGUGGAGCAAAAGGACCAGGUAUCUUCUUCAUUUUACCGUGCAUCGACGCCUAUGCACGGGUCGACUUGCGUACUCGCACGUACGACGUCCCACCGCAGGAGGUUUUGACAAAGGACAGCGUGACUGUCUCGGUGGAUGCCGUCGUAUACUACCGGGUCUCCAAUGCGACCGUCUCGAUUGCCAACGUCGAAAAUGCCCACCACUCGACCCGGUUGCUGGCACAAACGACACUGCGAAACACGAUGGGCACCCGGCAUCUGCACGAAAUUCUCAGCGAGCGGAUGACAAUCUCCGGCAGUAUGCAGCUAUCACUGGACGAAGCGACCGAGGCCUGGGGCAUCAAGGUGGAGCGGGUGGAGAUCAAGGACGUCCGCCUUCCGGUGCAGCUGCAGCGCGCCAUGGCGGCCGAAGCAGAAGCCGCCCGUGAAGCUCGCGCCAAGGUGAUUGCGGCCGAAGGUGAACAGAAAGCAUCGCGAGCACUGCGUGAGGCAUCCGAGGUGAUCGGUGAUUCGCCGGCUGCCCUGCAGCUACGCUACCUCCAGACGCUGAACACCAUCUCGGCGGAGAAGAACUCUACCAUCGUGUUCCCGCUGCCAAUCGACAUCCUGACGUACUUUAUGAAGUCCAAGGAAACGUUCGCCGCUUCGCACUCGAAAGCUGCCAGUGCUAGGACCUAACUUACAUCAGCUGUUUGCUGCCGCCGUAGGAUUCGAUGUAGUCUAGCCGAGAGUGGAGGGGAAACCGGAACAAAUAAAAGUUUUUCCCUCUCUCGCAUACGGUACGUUUUAUCAAUUCGUUCAUUUUUUCCGGAAAACUUUUUCUAUUGAAAGAACAAUUGUAGCUAUGAGACUAAAAAUUUUUAUUAACAUAUGUGUGUAGUGUACGGCUAAAAGCUCCCCAUCCCUUCUCCUCAAGGGGGACAUGAUAAAAAAACUCUCAUCGUAAUGCAUGUCACUAAGUGAAAGAUUCCGGAUAAAAAAGAGUGGUAAACUGGAACAAACAGUCAGAAAUGUUUAUGUUUGAUGCCAAAAAUGGUUUCCCAGUUAGUUUUAUUGCAGGUUUACCUUGGAGGACAGUUGUUUCAAUGUUUUGCUAUGCUUAAAGAUUUAUGUAUAUCACAUGAAAAACGUGGCCUGUUAUUCUACGUCAUGCUUGUUAUUUGUUGGCGUUUAGUAAUUUUAAUGAACAUUGGAUUUUUUUAUCAUUAUAAUAAUCCUGCUAGAAAUAGUCUCUUUCGUCAAAGUCUAUCUCUAUCCAAUUCACUCGGCAAGGAAAUUUUAGACCGAACGGUUGCUUAUCGUUCGAGUGCUAUUGUUCUCUGGAAAUCCGGUGCACUUAUAUAACUAACAAUAAUUGUGUACAAGCUUAUGCAACUCUGAAAUCGAUAAUGGAACCCAGUCAGUAAAAAGUUGCCGACAGAGAUAACGAGAAGCUUUCCCAAGAAAGCAUCCAUCCUCAUUAUGGCUGGCGAAGAGUUCGCCGACAUUCGUUUGACGUUUAAGAUAAUGGUACAUUUUCAUGGCACUGAGAACAAAGUUUUUCAUUUCCUUUGCUGCUGUCCACCUUGAUUGGACAGCCAGUAGGUUGAUGAGGGAAAUAAUCGAAACUGUCAGUUUUAUAAUGAAGCUGUUCUUCUACAGUUUAUCAUUUUAAUUGAGUUUAUUAUCCCAGUUGAAAAAGAAUGCGAUUGAAGUACAGGAGUAUUAACAAUAUUGAGACAAUCUUAUUUGCCAUUAUACCAGUAAUGAUUGCGAUUUUUAGUCAAUAAGUUGCACAGAAGUAUUAUCAUUAAAAACUCAUGGAUGGUUUGUCACGUUUAGCUUCACAUUCAAAAUGUUCAUCAUUGAGUUUAAAAAAAAUGUUAAAAACAUGACGGCAAAAUAAAACUAGUGAACUGAGGAAUGACAUUUUUCACUAUCAUUAGCUAGUCAACAAAAAAAACGAAUCAUUACUCAGACUUAGUUACAAUAAACUAAAAAAAACUAGAUAACCAUAAAUUUGAGUGCAAAAAAGCUGCAAAAGAUGACCAAUAAAAUCAAACAAACUCGUUAAUGGUGAUAUAAGCUUUAAAGGUAAAGAAAAUUCACAUUGAACAAGAAUCUACUUAUAGAGCAACUCGAGAUAUAGAGAACCAUAAGCAUGUAGCAAAGUCACUAUAGAUCAAUCACAUCAAGUUGUAAUGUUUAACUGCAAACAAACUUUUCCUUCUGUUCAAUGAAAACUCAUAAUCGAUGUUGUCAUGUAUUGCGUACUAUUGAAGAAUAACAGUGUACCAAAGAAGUAUAAUAUAUUGAAAUCAAGUUAAGCAUGCACACAGUAAGAGUGUAGGUUAAUCAACAUUGUCGAUGUUAAAAGUGGAUAUUAUAAGAUAAGCGAAAAGAGAAACCAAAUUCUUGCAUAAUUAGCGAAACAAAAAUCGAAAUAAAAAUAAAACAAAACCAUUUUUAUCACUCACAAACUCUAUCAAUGUAUUUGUAAAGUUUUAUCAAACUGAAAUGGCACAGGUAAAUGUAAUGAAAUGGGUAGCAUUAUCAAGACAAACAUAUUUUCAAAGUUUUUCAUCUUAAAGUGUAAUUGUCGUUCUUACGUAUGUAACGGAAGAUAGGAGUAAAACACGACAAAACAAAACAAAAACCACAUACACAUAUUACACGCUAAUUAAAAGACAAACCAUAAGAGACAUUCAUCAGGAUACGAUUAGCUGCCGAAGCAUAUGAUCAUCAAGUACGAACUAUUUUAUAUGAACAGAAUCGUAAUAUGAUUUCCUACUUACAAUCUGAACUGUGUCAAAUAUAAGUAGUGGAAGGCAGAGCGAACAAAAACUGUUAGAUGUCACGUGGAAUUUAUUGACGAAUUGUUACAUGCAUACAUACACACUCAUAUAGAACAAUACCGAAAACUUUACCUGACGGAAAGAAAAAAGGGAAGAAACAUUUGUGUGGACUUUUUGAGAUAGCAGCAAACACGCUCGGAUAACAUACUAUUGGGUAUUUUUGUUGCAAUUACUAUGUUUAACAAUAAGCUAACAUGAAAUCUAGAUGGCAGCAAAUUAUAGCAAAACACUGGAAUCAAAACAAAAAAAACUAAAUCUAAACUCGAUCGCUGUCAGUAUUUUUAUUUUCCUAUUGCCACGUAAGAGGAACCAUGGAAAAUGAAGUUAUGAAGUCUUUUAGUGUUCUGCAAUAGCAACUCAAACUCAUGUGACGAAUCAAAAUAAAAACACGUUUUUUCAACAAAA